UCCAGGCUUCAUAUCAGUCACAACUUGAGGCUGCCUAUUCAACUAUUCUACCGUGUUUGCUUGAAGAAUGAAGACCUUUCUCUGCUUAGUAACCCUUGUCGUAGCUGUAGCCGGUAAUGAAUGGUUUACAAGUCGGCAUCAGCAUUGCAUAGAAAGAUGUACAGCUCGAGAAAAGAAGGGCAAAGAAGUAUAUGCAUGUUAUACUGUUGAUGGACUCAAUAAGGAAUUCCGACCAAGCAACCAGGCUGCCUCCAGUAGACCUGGAAUUAAUGACCCAAUCCCGUCACUGGAUAAUGAUGAUUUCCCCUGGGAUUACUGUACACCAGCUAAGUCUGUCAGCUUAGAGCAGGAUGAUCCAGCAAACAGUGAGACUAUUGCGAAACCAGUCAACAAUACCCAGUCACAGGGAGGCUUUAACCCUGGAAACAGGAAUGACGGAGGCCAGAGUGGGCAAGGAGGACAGGGAUUUAACCCAGGAGCAUCAGCAACAAGAACCUCAAUUCCUGGAAUUCUCUGUAACUCCCCCUGCAAAAUGACCAAUGAUAAGUCAUACAAGUGCACCUAUGAUGGUUCUACCCAAGAGUUCUACUGCAGUCCUGACUAUCCUCUUGAACGAAAACAGAUCACCAGUCACAACAAGCUGUGGUGCACUGGACCUUGUGAACCAAGUCCAAACAACAUUGGAGAUAUGUGCAGAACCCUGAUGGGAAAAGAUCUAUGCAGCAGAACACCCAAGUUCUCCUCUAAAGGAACAGCAUGUUUGAGCGAGUGUGCUGUAUGGCCUGAGGCUCAGACCAACCACCUUACUUGCCGCAUCAGCAAUAACAACAGCACAUUUGAAGCAUGCGGUAAUUGGGACUUUGACUCAACCAAGACAGCUGCUCUUGAAUACACUCAUGAGGGAAAGGUGUGUGCAAGCCCUUGUACAGAUCAUGAUGAUGAAAUGCUCUGCAGCUAUGUUGAGUGGAAAGCUGAUGGAAACCAGGACAACAAGAAAUCUAUCCUGUACAUGAUGGAAGGUGAAUGUGGUCCCGAGGGGGACAUGAACUGGACCAUGAUUGCAAUCAUCCUGGGGUGUGUUGUUGGAGCAAUUAUACUGAUCGCUCUGGUGGGAGCUGUUGUUUCUAAGCGAUCCGGAUACAACAGAGCCGCAACAAAUGCCAGUUAAAUAUCAAGUUAAAAAAAAACAAUGGUGGAAUAAAACUUGUGUAUAGCUGACACCCAGUGAAAUUGCAUCAACAAAGAAUUUAAAACCAAAGGGCAUUACUUCUAACUGCGAAGAAUUUGUAAUAAAACCGCGAAAUAAUUGUUCUAUAGUUUUAUAGUUUUUAUAGUGUGCUCUUUCCAGCGCUCAGACUCUUAUCUUAUUUACUUUAUGAAACAUGAGUAAACAUUAGUAUUCAAUAUUCAUUCUCAUGUCUCACAAUAUUUCUCGUGGAUACAAUAAUUCAUUAAUACACCUUCCCCCUCCAUCUUUCUUUUUCAAAUUGCUUAAACUUGUGCAAAAAAUGCUAUCAACGUACGUUAAGAUAACAUAAAUAAACAAAACUAGUCAUUUCCCGCUUAAGUAGAUAACUAUCUGCCUAUCUAUUAAAUACUUAUACUUACAAGUAUUUAUGCAUCCUGAGCUUUAGGCAUAACGGAAAAACAGGGUUUCGAUUUGUUUGCACUUUUUCUGAAACAAAGUCUGUAAUCCGUUAAAAACAUGUGAUUACAAUAGGUUUUUGUUUCGUACUUUAACUCGUUGUGUGAAAUAUAGUUGACAAAACA